AUGGCACAACAACUUGACGAGAUGGCAAGAAAAAUAAUAAUAAAAAGAAAAAAAGAAAAAACACAUAUCCUUCUCUCUCGGGUGGAAGGAUUGGAGGGAAAGGGAGAGCACUACCAUCACCAUCCCGGCGCAUAUGAACCUGGAGAAUCUCAUCACACAGCAUUUUCGUCAAAUUCGUGUUUUCUCCUCUUCGAUUUGAAAUGGGGACAAUCGCAAGAGGACGCUGGCGAGAGGAGGAACGCUAGGGUUCCUCAGAUAUCAGCCACAACAGAAAUUGGAGAUAAAAUUGAAAGGGGGCAUUUGAAUUACAAAUCCCAAAUUGGGGCUAGGGUUCCUCGGAGAUCAGCCACAACAGAAAUUGGAGAUAAAAUUGAAAGGGGGCAUUUGAAUUACAAAUCCCAAAUUGGGGCAAAUUUGUGCUUUGCUUUCUAG